AUGUCCGCUGACAAUGGGGAGACAGUGAGCAUGGUGUUGCAGUAUGCAACUGUGAAGUCAAGGAUUCCGAGGCUGUUCCAGCCUAAUUUCGGACUGCCUCUCAUGGGGACGGACAGACCAGACAAAUCCCGCAUGGAGAGAGUCAAGUGCUGUGAUCGAGGCUCCCUGAUCGCUUCUUUGUCAACUGGAUCUGCCAAGGUGAGUUUCCAUCCGCCAAAUCACUGUCGCCUCCAAUUCACAGUUUUGCAGACCAUGAUGACCGACAAAGGGCGGCAGUGGCUUCUGUCCCACCGCAGCUCGAAGCACACAAUUUUUGUGGAGGAGGUGCUGCAGAUUAUCAUGACACUUGACUUGCAACAGGGUGCCGACCGCAAGGUGCAGAUUUCCAUGAGCCUCAUGUCCGGCCAGGUCAUAUCGACUGUGGAAACAGAACAUUCCAUGCGACUUUAUGAGCUGCGUAGAGCCUUGUUCCAGCAUGUUUCUGCAUUCAGCCGAUUGGAGAAGGAAACCAUGAAGUUUUGCACGACCAGCGGUCGUAUGGUUCACCUGCGUGGAUCGGCCACUGUGCAUAGUCUCUUAGUGAACCCGCUCAAGAGACCUCGUGCGAACUGA